UUGUUUGACUCUGGUUUCUUGUGAAAUUUUUGUCAUAAUUGAACACGGCUCAGGGUUUUACUUUUCGUAGCUAUUUUCUACUUUCUUUCUGAUAUUUUGUUGGGUUUUUGCUUUGUUUCUUGCAUGAAAAUGUAAGUUCUUUUUCUCCAUUUUCUUUUUUUAGGCCAAGGAGGGUGAGUGAUAUGGUGGGCAGAGGGGCCAGUGGGGGGUUCUUUUGUAUAAUUCUUUCCGAAUUAAUGUGAAGAUAAUGUUUGAUAGAAUCUUAUUGGGAAGACAAAGUGUGUGAAUCACAUUCAGCAGAGUGGGAGAAAAGGUGAUGAAAUUUAAUAGAGGAUUUUGAAGGAUGAAUGAUAGCUCAGCGAGAGAAAUGAAUGAGAGACAACCUCAAAGGCCUUGUGGUUGUGUGGGCAUUUUCUUUCAGCUCUUUGAUCGGAACCGUAGAUUGGCCAAGAAGCUGUUUCCAAAGAAACUGCUUUCACCAGCUUUCUUGAAACAAGAUUCAAAAAAGUAUGGAGGGGAUGAGAAGCAGCCAAAGCUUCGUUUGAUUGCUGAUGAGAACAGUGGGGGUUUUCCAAAUGCAAGGAAUAAUGGAAUGACCGAUACACGUUAUGAAAGCAAGCACGAAAUGAAAGCUCCAAGUUUGGUUGCUAGGCUCAUGGGUUUGGAAUCGAUGCCAGCAGGAUCAGGCAGUAUAACAAGCAUAUUUUUCACAAACUCUAUACAUGAGUAGAAAAUGUCCAUUUCAUUUUGUCUUGAUGAAUGUU